AUGAUAGAUAGCCACGAAUUCUCGCAAAACUCCAGAGUUGUCUUCUGGGCCGUCGCACUGACGGUAUUCUUCUUCAUAAUAUGGCUCCGCCGCGAUCGCAGAUUGGACAAGAUGCCCGGGCCUGGAGGUUUCCGGCUUAGCCUCCCCGCGAAGGUGCAUAUUGACUUUCGAGAUUGGGCUUCCAGAUAUGGGGAGGUUUUCAAGCUGCGUGUGGGCGUUUAUAACUGGGUCGUUAUCAACAGCCCUCAAGCAAUGCACGAGAUCUUGAACAAACAGUCCAUGAAGACGUCUUCCAAGAUGCCGGCACCCAUGGGUCAUGACGUCGUGGCGGGUGGAAUGCGCAUGUUUACCUUGGAAUAUGGAACCAAAUGGCGCACAUAUCGCACCAUUACGCACCAGCUUCUCUCAGCCACUAUGAUCUCUACGUUUUUACCGAGCCAAGAGUUCGAAACUAAGCAGCUGCUCUUUGAUCUAGCCACAAAGAAUACAGAUCAACUAGAAUUUAACAUGCAUAUACGCCGUUUCGCGUUCAGCAUCGUCAUGACUAGCACAUACGGCUUACGUGUGACUGACUGGGACAACGAAGACGUUCAUCACGCUUUGGAGAGCGCCCGCAUUCUAGGCAAAAUUACUCGAGCUGGCGGUUUUGUAGUGGAUGAAUUGCCGAUUUUAGCACGUUUACCAACAUGGAUGCAGCCGGGUAGGAGGCAGGCCGAAAACUAUGCAAAGCCGUUGCUUCAUGCCAAGAUGCAGCUCUGGCGACGGCUGGAGAAGCAGGUGGCUGCAGGAACAGCGCCGAUCUGCUACGCACGUGAGCUCAUGGAGAACAGCGACUCAUGGCGCAAGCAAGGGUUGACCGACGAGGAUGCGGCAUGGAUAGCUGGCGGCAACGUUGAGGCGGGUUCUACCACGACGUCGGUUACGCUACUGAGCCUACUGCUGCACUUGAUUGCGCGCCCGCACGUGCAGAAAGCAGCUCACGACGAGGUCAUGCGAGUUGUGGGACCGGACCGCACGCCUGUAUACGACGAUAUUGAGAAAAUGCCUUAUAUCCGUGCCUGCACAAAGGAGGUUUUGCGCAUGCAUCCCACACCGUUCUGGGGGAUUAAGCAUUACGCAGAUGCCGACGUGGUGUACAAGGACUAUGUCAUCCCCAAGGGCACCGUACUCCUCGGGAACACGAGCUUCAUACACUAUGACCCAGAGCGGUAUGAUGAACCAUCCGACUUUCGACCGGAGCGCUACCUGAAUUACCCCAAGUACAGUUCCGAGUAUGCCAACCAGAGCGAUCCUUAUGCCCGCGACCACUUCACCUUCGGCAUGGGCCGCCGUAUCUGCCCAGGAGCUCGCCUCGCUGAGAACUCCCUCAACCUCGCUCUGGCAAAUCUUAUAUGGGCCUUCGAGCUCCACCCUCCCGCAGAGGCCAAGCGUGUUGAUAUCAGCGAUGACGCCUGGGAGGACACGAGCUUUCGCGGCCCCAAACCCUUCGCCGCGCGGUUCGUACCCCGGGCGAAUGACAGACUGCGCUUGAUUGAGCGUCAGUGGAAAAAAGCAAAAGAGGAAGGAUUUGUGCUUAGAGGGCAAAAGGUGGAUGUAAAUGGUAUUGUUACGGGUCGAAGCUAG